GGGAGUGCCCGGAUGCAGCGGGAGGAGGCGCUGCCGCCAUAUUUGCCCGGAGAGCAGCGAGCUGGUAGCUGCAGAGCCCCCCGGACCCAUCGGCUGCCAUCCGCCCCGCGCAGUCCCCGCCGCCGCCCCGCCCGUAGGACAUGGACGAUCGGGAGGACCUCGUCUAUCAGGCCAAGUUGGCUGAGCAGGCUGAGCGCUACGAUGAAAUGGUUGAAUCAAUGAAGAAGGUGGCUGGAAUGGACGUGGAGUUGACAGUGGAAGAAAGAAACCUGCUUUCUGUUGCAUAUAAAAAUGUGAUUGGAGCCAGGAGAGCUUCCUGGAGAAUAAUCAGCAGCAUUGAACAGAAAGAAGAAAACAAAGGUGGAGAAGACAAAUUAAAAAUGAUUCGGGAAUAUCGGCAAAUGGUUGAGACUGAACUGAAGUUAAUCUGUUGUGACAUUCUGGAUGUACUGGACAAACACCUCAUUCCAGCAGCUAACACUGGCGAGUCCAAGGUUUUCUAUUACAAAAUGAAGGGGGACUACCAUAGGUAUCUGGCUGAGUUUGCCACAGGAAAUGACAGGAAGGAGGCUGCAGAGAACAGCUUGGUGGCUUACAAAGCUGCUAGUGAUAUUGCAAUGACAGAACUCCCACCAACACAUCCCAUCCGCUUAGGACUUGCGCUCAACUUCUCUGUAUUCUACUAUGAAAUUCUUAAUUCUCCUGAUCGUGCCUGCAGGUUGGCAAAAGCAGCUUUCGAUGAUGCUAUUGCAGAACUGGAUACACUGAGUGAAGAAAGCUAUAAGGACUCUACACUUAUCAUGCAGUUGUUACGUGAUAACCUGACACUAUGGACUUCAGACAUGCAGGGUGAUGAUUCCUAAAGGAAAGUCCAACUGUUCAUUUCCUAAAAACUCUACUUUGUGAAGAACAGAAUAAAGAAGCGUUGCAGGAUGUGGAAGAUGAAAACCAGUGAGACACAAAGGCCAACAAGAGAACCCAUCUCUGACCACCCUCCCCCUUCCCCACAAAAACCCUCAGUGUCACUCUGAGAACCACCAAAUCUGACUUUUACAUUGGGUCUCAGAAUUUAGGUUCCUGCCCUGUUGGGUUUCUUUAUUUUUAUUUUUUUUACACAGUUUAAAAGUUCUUAAAGGCAAGAGUGAAUUUCUGUGGAUUUUACUGGUGCCAGCUUUUAGGUUCUUUAAGACACUAACAGGACUGCGUAAAGGCUCUUUCAGCAUUACUGUAUUGUCUCUGCCAGCUGUGGUGACAUUGCCAUCAGACCUGGAUGUGACACCUGAAGGCCGUGUAGGGAGAGAUUGGUCCUGGCCAGGUAGUGCUCAUGUGGUGGCAUCUUUUCUUUUUUUUAUAACUGUUUAAACUGAAUUUUAUACCAAUGUUUCAACUUAAUUGGGUGUUUAGCUUGAAGUUGCGAGGUUGCAUUUGGGACAUUUAUUGUAGUGGUUUUACUGUAUAAAAACAAAAAGUUUCCAAACUGCUGAAAUGUUGCUGAAAAUCAUGGUGCUGGUAACAGUUCAACAAUCCGUGGCUGCUCAUUCUUGCCUGUUCUUUACUUUCCCUCCAAGCAGGUUAGCAUUGAAGGUGGCAUUGAUAAGCCUGCAUGCGUGUUCAAUAUUUUUUCUUUUCUCCCUCCCCUCUCCCCAUCUCCCUUCGCUCGCUCAACCUCUUUUGUUCAGUAUGUGUAACUUGAAGCUAAUUUGUACUACUGGAUAUCUGACUGGAGCCACAGAUACAGAAUCUGUAUUGUUCUUACUGAAACACAGCAUGGAAUUAACAUUAAACUUAAAUAAAAGAAACCUAAAUUAAAAAUGCCAA